AUGGCAGUAUACAAUUCGAUGGGUAGAGUUGAGAAGGUUAGUGUGGGUGUGUUGGUUGAUUUGACGAGUAUCCGCGUUGGAGGUGGGGGGUUGUAUGUGGGUGUUGGUGUUUGUUGUAGUGUAGAGGGAGAAGGCAGCGUGCCCCGCGUAGCAGUGAGCUGGCUGAGUGAUGCGUGUAGUGCGUGGUGCAAGGGAAUGGUGCGACGGACGUUGGGGUACGAGACUAUACGAUUGGUUGUGGUGCAAGGGAAUGGUGCGACGUCUUGGUAUGGCAUGUUUUGUGCACGUGUUUCGGCUGUUGAUUCUGCUUGCGAGGGAGUAGAUGCUGGUUGCUUGAGGAAUUUUUGUUGCGCAGCUACGCGUUUUGUGGAGUUCUGUAUCACUAUGGGGAAUGAUUUUGUUUGGGGUGUGUUAGAGGUUGUGACAAAGAAGGAAACAGUGUGUUUAGCGAUGCAGAAGGAAUGCAUUGGAG